UCGAGUAGCUCUGCGCACAAACAACCUUGUGUCACGACUCAAAGAGAACAACUUAACAUGUUUCUAUUUAAUCUGCUCAUAUUCAUUUUGACUCUUAAUGUGUUUAUUGUUGAUUCGGAUGCCAGAAUGUGCGAUAGAGGUCAGAAAGUGAAGAAACUGCCUUCAGGCAAAACAGAAUGCGAGCCAUGUGGGGAAGGAACUUUUCAGGCAACACCAAAGAAGUCUCAAAGUUGUGAUGGAUGCACGACGUGUUAUGAAGAAUCAGGAAGUGAUAUCAAAGAGAAGUGCACCGCAGUGAAAAAUACUGUAUGUGGAUGUCGUGAUGGCUUUGUUCCACGUGCAAGGGAUUCAAGCAUCUGUAAAUGUGAUAUAGGAUCUGGACUGGAAAAUGGGGUUUGUUCAAAGUGCAAGGAAGGUUAUUUCAGCCAAGAGAUUAACACACAAUGUCAAAAAUGGAAAGACUGUAAAUCUGCAGGGAUUAAACAGGCUGGAAGCUCAACCUCUGACGUCGUGUGUAAUGAGAUGAUAAAUGAUAGUCAGACCACUGUAGCCCCCACAACAAUCUCAAAGGUUUUCUCCUCGCUCUCAACAACACGUCGUCCACAUGAGGGGGCUCCAAUACAGAAGACACGCUCGAGCACCACCACGACUACUGUUCAGCGCCCCACUGUGAGAAACACAACGCAGAACACAAGCAUUCACAUAGGUACGGCUAUUCUCAUUUUGGGAAUUUUCGGACUGCUCGGGCUGACGGCAAUGACCUGCAAGCUGCAUGUUACCCACUGCUGGCAGACAAAACCAGCAGUACAGACCAAGGACUCUUUGUGUCGGAGGCCAGUUGAGGAAAGCGGUGAUGGCAGUGAGUCCUCUUUGAAACUUAACCCAGAGCCGUGAGGUGAAGUUUUCCUGUGACGAAAAUCCUCAUCUGACGCUCCAGAGAGCCAUCCCUGGAAGAGUUUAAUUUACUGCAGACCCCUCAGAUCCUCCUUGUAUUGUUUGUUGUGUGUUUCACAAAACACACAACGUCUGCAUUGUAACAGGGGUGUUUUUAAUAUGUACAGUUGUCAAAAUUUGACUGUUUGUUCUGUUGUAAUACAGUGUAGGAUUAUUGAAUUAUACCUCGCUUUUUAAAACUGUGAAACCAUUCAAGGUAGACAUUCAUCCUCUUGAUGUUAUACUUAGGAGGAGUUAUUAUGGCUGACAUGGUCAAUAGGGAUUUUUUUUCUCAUAAGUAUACAUUUGCCAAGACUACCUGGUGAGUUUUCUACUAUAUGCAUUUAUAUGCAGGUGUUAUAGACCUUCUGCUGACAUUAUACAUGCUCUAACAGGGCUGAGACAACUCUGAGAAAUACGCACUUUGAACGAUAAUAAUGUGGGUAGAAACUAUAAAACACACCAGGUACAGAUGUUAAAAAAAACUAUAGAACAAAAGUUCUGUUUUUCAUUUACAUUGUUUUUAAAUUUCUUUUGUUGUGUUAUUCAGUGUUUCCUUGGUCUGUUCCAACAGUCGCAUGUCUCUUUUGCACAAGAUAAAAAACAAAAAACAAAUCUGUUGUCAGAAAUAUGUGGGGUGAGGGGAAGUACCACAUGGAGCAAAAUGUGCUUCUUUUUCCCCCCCACCAAAAGUUGCCUCCUCUGUUUUCUUGUUCUUGUGUUUGGAAAGACUGAUAUUGUAAAUGUGAAGACUUUCAUGUUGUUUGUGCCUUGCUGGAAAUAUUUUUCAGAUUAGUGCAGUCAGAGGAGUAUGAAACUUUGUCCUAAUUACCUUUCACCAUUUACCAGAUGAGCACUGAGUAGCUUUAUGCCUGGUUGAGUCUCAGUGAGUUGUAAAAUGGACCCGAAAGGAAACUUUGUUGAUUCAUUCUAAGAAUUGAAGGUUCCUUUCAAGAAGGUGGCAUUGGUUUAGUUAGGAAAACUAUUUAAAUAUACCAUGACUGGAUUAAUUUUAUAUUUGUUUGUUUUAUUUUACAUUAAAAUGAACAUGUUACAUGUGCAGCGUAAAGUAAAGCCUCCUCUAUUCAAGUUUUUCCUGAAAAUGUAUUAUUUAUUGAAAUAAUAUCACUGAUACUGAUGUGAACGUUUUACUUCUUCAGCUUUUGGUAGUAUUUAUGAGCAGUUGUGUGUUUUUUAAAUUUUUUUUUACUGAUGACAUCUCUCUCUCUCCAGCCAAGGGGGAGACACCACAAUGGAAAAACAAACGAAACAAAAACAAUUCUCUGUUGAAUCCUAAAUAGUUUUCCUGCUUAUGUUCAAGUUAGUUCAACAGGGUGGGCGCCCUUGUGUGGAAUGUAAAGUUUAGGCACUGUAAAAAAAAAAAAAAAAA